GGCAUGCAGCAGCAGCAGCUCUUGCGGACCCGACCGUUGCUGUCUCGACGACGGAUCUGUUGUUUUGAACUUCCCUGCAGCUCGGUAACUAUCACAAGCACGUCGUUGUGCAGAGCAAGAGAGCAAACUUAGCUGCCAUGGCUGACGAAACGGACGUUGCGACUGCGGGUGGAGUCGGCGGAGGUGCCAUGCUUAUGGACUUGGCAUGGGAGCGCCAGCAGAAGAAGACAUUCACCGCUUGGGUCAACUCUCAUCUCAGAAAACUUGGUCUGCAGAUUGCCGAGAUCGAACAUGACUUCAAUGAUGGCAAGGCGCUCCUCGCCUUGCUGGAGGUCAUCUCUGGUGAUAAGCUUGCCCGUCCCGAGAAGGGCAAAAUGCGCGUGCACAAAGUCUCCAAUGUCAACAAGGCUCUGGAUUUCAUUGCCACCAAAGGCGUGCGUCUUGCCAACAUCGGUGCCGAAGAAAUCGUCGACGGAAACCUGAAGAUGACGCUAGGUAUGAUUUGGACCAUCAUUCUGCGAUUCGCCAUCCAGGAUAUCUCAGUAGAAGAGAUGACGGCUAAGGAAGGUCUUCUGUUGUGGUGCCAGCGAAAGACACAGCCAUACAAGAACGUCAACGUGCAGAAUUUUCACAUGAGCUUCAAGGAUGGACUGGCGUUCUGUGGACUGAUUCACCGCCAUCGUCCCGAUCUGAUCGACUAUGAGUCACUGAGAAAGGACAACCCGGAGCAAAACUUGAGGACGGCAUUUGAAGUUGCAGAGAAGAGCCUCGACAUCCCACAGAUGUUGGAUGUUGAAGACAUGCUGAACCAGGUCAAGCCAGAUGAGCGUGCCGUGAUGACCUAUGUAUCUGCGUACUACCACGCUUUCUCAAGCUCGCAGCAGGCCGAGAAUGCUGCCAAGCGCAUUGGAAAGGUCCUGGACAUCAACAAGGAGAACAAGCGUUUGAUGGACGAGUAUGAAAGCCUUGCCAGCGAACUGCUAAUGUGGAUCCAGCAGGUCGUCCCCUGGCUGGGAGACCGCACACAAGAAAAGACCCUGCAGGCUGCAAGAGACCGUCUAAACGAGUUCCGCAACUAUCGCACUGACCAGAAGCCUCCGAAGGCCGAGGAGAAGGGUCGCCUUGAGGCCCACUUCAACACCCUGCAGACCAAACUUCGUAUUAGCAAUCGUCCUGCCUACAUGCCCAGCGAAGGACGCAUGAUUCACGAUAUUGCCGUGGCCUGGAAGGGCCUGGACUCAUCUGAGAAGUCAUAUGAAGAAUUUCUAAUGGGUGAAAUCAACAGGUUAGAGCGGCUUGAGCAUUUGGCUGCAAAGUUCCAGCACAAGGCAGCGGUGCAUGAGUCAUGGACAAGCGGCAAGGAUGCUAGCCUUACUGCUGAUGACAUUGAAGGAGUCAACCUUGCUGGAGUUCUGGCUUUGAAGAAGCAACACGAAGCUUUCGAGAGCGAUCUUGCAGCGCACGAAGACCGUGUUGAGCAGCUGUCACAGAUUGCGAAGGAACUCGAAUCAUUGGGUUACUUCAACUCUGCUGAAGUGAAUGAGCGCAUGGCUGCGAUCAGCGACAACUGGGAAGUACUGCGUAAUCUGAGUGACCAGAGAAUGAAGACUCUGGCGGAAGCUGAGCAACUUCAAAUUCAGUUGGAUGAGCUACGCCUUGACUUCGCUAAGAAGGCAGCGCCCUUCAACAACUGGAUGGAUGGUGCGAAAGAGGAACUGCAAGACGUAUUCAAUGUUCACUCAGUGCAGGAAACUCAGGACCUGAUGGAUGCGCACAAUGCUUUCAAGGCUAACAUCCAAGUGGCUGAGAGCGAGUACAGCGGACUGAUAGCAGUAGCUGACAUGAUCGACCAACUCGGAGGUGGAGACAAGCCGAACCCCUACAGCAACCUGUCUAGAGAGGACAUCAACGCCAAGUGGGAGGAAGUGUUGGCGUUGGUGCCACAGCGUGACGAGUCGCUAGCACAGGAACAGACACGGCAAGAGGAGCACGACAAGCUGCGGCUGGCGUUUGCGGAAAAAGCCAACCUUGUUGGCCCAUGGCUGGAAGAGCAGACCGAGUACCUGGCUAACCUUGGUCUGCAGAACUUUGCUUCUCUAGAGGAGCAUCUUGAGGCACUCCACGCCGAGGAGACGAAAGCCGCCGAGUACUCGUCAAACAUGGAGGAGCUGGAGGAAGCCAACCAGCGUGUCCAUGAGGCAUUCGUGUUUGACAACCCCCAUACAGAGUACAGCAUGGAUACUCUGCGCGUAACAUACCAGCAACUCAAGACUGCCAUUAGCCGAAACAUCAACGCAGUUGAGAACCAGAUCUUGACGCGUGACUCCAUGGGUCUGACGGAGGAGCAGCUUCAGGAACUGCGCCAAUCGUUCAACCACUUUGACAAGGAUCAUUCCGGCGAGCUUGAUCGCAACGAGUUCAAGGCCUGUCUGCUCAGCUUGGGAACUAGUCUGGGCCAUGGCGAUGAUCAGGAGGCGAAUCUGACCGAGAUGAUGCGCAAGGUUGAUCCUAAUGACACUGGCCGGGUAACGUUCGAUGCCUACCUGGACUUCAUGACUCGCCAGGCCACUGACGAGGACAGUGCUGAGCAGGUGCUUCAGUCAUUCAAGAUUCUCGCUGGUGACAAGCCAUAUAUCACCGAGGAUCAGCUUCGUGGUGAUCUACCACCAGAUCAAGCUGAGUACUGCCUGCAGCUGAUGUCACCGUACCCUGAUGGUCCGGAAGGUGCUCUGGACUAUCAAUCCUUUGCAAGCUCUCUAUAUGGGCAGAGUGACUUGUAACUCAGUUAUCGCUUUAGUCUCUGUUCUUAUCCACAUAUUCAAUUGAACAAUGCAUUACCAUCAUGGCCAUCGAAAAUUUAGCCGCAAAUUUGUUCCCAUUUCACGUUGGUAUGUUUCACUUGUGUGUGUUUGCCAUGCUAGGCUAUAGGAAGGACUUCAUGCCCCUUGUUUGGGACAGCAGUGUCACUUUUUCGCUUAUUUACCUGACGUGUCGAAUUGCUAGCGCGCUGCACUCACUCAUUUUGUUUGUGUGCUUGUGCAAUGCUUAAUUCAUCUGGCCUGGUGCUCGGUGCUGUGUUUUCGACUGGCGGUGGCGGCAGUGCUGUCUGCCCGCACUGCUUCUCCUCCUCCUCCUACUACCUACCGCUGCUUUUGCUUGGGAAGCGUGCAUUCACGGUGCAGUCUAGGUUAGGUGUCUCGGCUGAGCUGCCCCUCCCCCCCCCUUCCCCAGCCAAGUAUGCGCGCACAAGCAAGCAGCGUGUCCCCAUUUACCGCGUGUAGUUGCUUUUUGCUGUUGCAUUCUUGAAACAACAAAUUUCGGUGUGGAGGUGCAUGUCAGUGUGUGUGUGUGUGUGUGGAACAAUUUUGCCAAUGUUAGCCGGACACAAGGAAUUCCGUUCUGUCCCUCUUACAAGUUACGACCAAUUUGUUUUAUUUUGAUUCAGUUUCCUGUUCAAGCACUGCUCCGUUCUACUGCACGCACACACAUACACGUGUGUGGAUGCUGUGUAUUGUGAUGUCAUUAUACGAAUAUCAUGGAA